CCUAAGUCGAUUCUACAGGAGUAUUAGAAGUACCGACAGCUAUGCGACCUCCAAUUUCUAAAACGAAAGUCCUCGUUCUGUUGGCGGUAUUUGUUUUUGUUGUCGUGUCAACUCCUAGCGCAAGUGGUUUUUGUUUCGUCCACCCCCAUCGGAAAAGUCCCAGCGCACAGCCUCGGCAGUUGGUGUCUUCACUCCAAUCCAGACCGGUUGAUGUAAACCACAAGUUAGAGAAGGAGGGAGACGAUGUGGAUUCUCUAAACCAAAGAGAGAAGCCGUCUAACAACACUACAAAACAACAGCGGGAAGCCGCCAAGAACAAAACUCCUGUUCACUUGCUAGCUGGAUUUCUGGGAAGUGGAAAAACUACGACCCUAAAACAUGUCCUGGAGAACAAAGAAGAUGUCCGGGUCGGCGUCGUUGUCAAUGACGUUGCUAGCGUCAACAUCGACGCCAAACUGAUUGCCCAGAAGGAUGCAUCCUCCGCGGAUGCUUUUUCGUCGGAGGCAACCGCGACAAAGCCACCUAUCAAAGCCAGCCGCAACGACGUCGUGGAACUCCAGAACGGAUGUGCCUGCUGCUCCCUCGCCGGCGAAUUGUUUGACUCCAUCGAGUCGCUCCUACGGCCUAGAAUCGGCAGCGGGGAUUCCGAAGCGACUUCCCCGUACGAGGCCAUCGUGGUCGAACUCUCAGGGGUGGCGGAUCCCCUUGCGAUCCGCAACCACUGGAGAGAAGCCGUGGCAACCGAUUCCCAUCCCGGGGUUACCAACCAGGCCGAGCUGGGAAGGAUUCUUACGAUCGUGGAUGCGACCACUUUUGGAACCGACUAUAUGACCUACGACGUCUUGAGGGACCGAGACGGAUGGCUAGGCGGCGAAAGUUCCACCACAAUCAACACCAGCGAACGGCAGCGGCUGCAACCUAACAACAACUGUUCCGGAAACAAGCAGGUUGCUUAUUUGCUGGUGGAACAGGUCGAAGCCGCCGACCUCGUGGUGGUCAACAAGCAAGACCUAGCGGGAGAGACGAAGACGGACGUCGCGAGACGCAUGGUCGAGGGCCUGAACGAAGAGGCCGAGAUUCUGACCACGAACCACGGGAAGAUUUCGGCAACCAAGCUCCUGGGAUUGCCAUGGCCAUCCGACUUGGAAGAAUCCGAUUCUCGGGAGCAAGAGGAGGAAAGCGCAGACGGAUCCCAUUCCCAUUCGCACACACACCAGCAUUCCAGCAGAAAAGACGCGGAUUCCCCUUCGCUUGACGCAUACUCGCAUGACCACGAUGCAGCCUGCGACGACGCGGACUGCACUGAUCCGUCGCAUUCUCAUUCUCAUACGCAUUCUCAUACGCAUUCUCACUCGCAUUCGCAUUCGCAUUCCCACGAUCACGAUCACGAUGCCUGCGACGACGCAGCCUGUACGGACCCGUCGCAUUCGCAUUCCCACGACCACGAGAGCUGCGAGGAUCCGAACUGCAUGGACCCAUCUCACUCGCAUUCGCACGACCACGAGAGCUGCGAGGAUCCAAACUGCACGGAUCACUCGCACUCGCACUCGCACUCGCACUCGCACUCGCACUCGCAUUCCCACGACCGAGACUCGACCUCUCUGGCGAAUCUGGGAAUUUCUAGCUUUGUGUACAGGGCUACGCGGCCGUUCGAUGCCACGCGGUUGAGGAAACUGUUGUUUGAUUGGCCGAUCCCCAUCAAAAACGAACUCGAUUUUGCCUUGGUCUCUAGCGAUGCAUCCAUAGAGGAAGAACAAGCUCUUGUCGAAAGAGGAGCAGGAGGAGGAGAACAACAACAACAACAACGACAACAACAACAACAACGACAACAACAACAACAAGACGACAGCCCCUUCGACGGGGUCCUCCGGUCCAAGGGCUUUUGCUGGAUCGCCCCCACCGCCUGGGACGGAUUGCUGGCCGACGCCUGGCGCCACGACCGGUCCAUGUACUGGAGCCACGCCGGGAAACACGUCGGCAUCGAGCCCGCCGGUCCCUUUUGGGCGUCGGUCCCGAGGCCGUCCAUGGAGGAGUUCUUUGCCAGGACGCAGAACCCCUCGGAGUGCGCGCGGAUCCUGCGGGAGGACUUUUGCACGGAGGAGUUCGGGGACCGGCGGCAGGAGGUCGUCUUCAUCGGGGUCGGCCUGCGGCGGUCGGAGAUCGAGGAGGCCCUGGACGGCUGCCUCCUCACCGACGGGGAAAUGGACGACUACCGGGGGCACCUGGAAGAAAAGAACCGGCUGCUUGCCAAGCCGGCGGCCUAGCAGCCCGGUUCGGUUCGACGCUCGCAACGGGGGAAGAAGAGCGCCGCUCUCGUCGUUGGUGGGAUUGCCGGUGCAAAACGAACCAUGGGCGAUCGAUGCAUUGCUCGAACUCGAACCAUCCGGAUGCGGUUCUGAUUGCUGCUGUAGAGAAAGCGUGGUGGUAUUUGUACUAUUGCAGCCUCGUUCGUUUGGUUGCGCUGGAAAUGAAAACACCGGAUUUGU